GGCUCCGCCUCCGCCCCCGCCCGACCCUUCGCAAGAGGGACGCAGGCGGGGAGGAGAGAGGGAGGAGGAGGCGGUGGCGGCGGCGGCGGCACUGGCGCGCUCCUCUCGGGGACCGGCCGACACGGGGGGCGAAGACGUCGCUCCACACCGCCCUUCCUCCCGCCGCCGAACCGUCCCUUCUCACCAUGUCCCAGAGCAGGCAUCGCGUCGUGGCCCCGCCACUAGAGCGCGAGGACAGCGGGACCUUCAGUCUGGGGAAGAUGAUUACAGCUAAGCCAGGGAAAACGCCGAUUCAGGUAUUACACGAAUAUGGCAUGAAGACCAAGAACAUCCCGGUAUAUGAGUGUGAACGAUCCGAUGUGCAAAUACAUGUGCCCACUUUCACCUUCAGAGUUACCGUUGGUGACAUAACCUGCACAGGUGAAGGUACAAGUAAGAAGCUGGCGAAACAUAGAGCUGCAGAGGCUGCCAUAAACAUUUUGAAAGCCAAUGCAAGUAUUUGCUUUGCAGUUCCUGACCCCUUAAUGCCUGACCCUUCCAAGCAACCAAAGAACCAGCUUAAUCCUAUUGGCUCAUUACAGGAAUUGGCUAUUCAUCAUGGCUGGAGACUUCCUGAAUAUACUCUUUCCCAGGAGGGAGGACCUGCUCAUAAGAGAGAAUAUACUACAAUUUGCAGGCUAGAGUCAUUUAUGGAGACUGGGAAGGGGGCAUCAAAAAAACAAGCCAAGAGAAAUGCUGCUGAGAAAUUUCUUGCCAAAUUCAGUAAUAUUUCUCCAGAGAACCACAUUUCUUUAACCAAUGUAGUGGGACAUUCUUUAGGAUGUACUUGGCAUUCCUUGAGGAAUUCUCCAGGUGAAAAGAUCAACUUAUUGAAAAGAAGCCUCCUUAGUAUCCCAAAUACAGAUUAUAUCCAGCUGCUUAGUGAAAUUGCCAAGGAACAAGGAUUUAAUAUAACAUAUUUGGAUAUAGAAGAACUGAGUGCCAACGGGCAAUAUCAGUGUCUCGCCGAAUUGUCCACCAGCCCCAUCACAGUCUGCCAUGGCUCUGGGAUCUCCUGUGGCAAUGCACAAAGUGAUGCUGCUCACAACGCUCUGCAGUAUUUAAAGAUAAUAGCAGAAAGAAAGUAAAUUUGAGCAGCACGGAAAACCCUUCAGUAGCACAUAAAGUUUCCCUUUCGCCCCUUCCCAAGUAAAACAUUUGCUAUAUAAAGUUUGAGUUUGCGUGUGGUUUCUCAGUCUCUUCAGAGUCCAUCAACAUUCCACAUUUAAUUAUCUCCUAAUAGUUGUGUUAAGCUCUUUUUAAUGGCUUCAACUUUGUAUUGGUAUAUUGUAUUUAUAAACUUUGUACCAUAGGCAGAGUGUAGCACCCAUUUUGCAAUGCCAUGUGCAUAAAAGGAAGAAACUGCAUGAUUAUCGAAGAUGAUGGUAAUGAUGAAGAAGAAAUAAAACUGCUAGCAACAGUCUUUCUUACUGGUGCCUAACGUCUUUAUUGUGUGAGGCUCUAUAAAAGGAAUUUAAGGAAUUAGAGUGUUGAUGAACACAGUAACAGGCUUUUGCUGAAUGUGAUUAUUAAAUUUCAGGGAACAUGAUUAGUCUGCUGUGUAUUUGAAUCCAUGUAAUAAAGAGCUGUUGUUAUAA